CCGAGCAGUGACUAUCCCUCGACGACUGACUUUAACUUUGGCUGGCAAUUGAUUCGAGCGCGCGGGUCGUCGUCGCUUUCAGUUUCAUUCGAGACACGGCGCGGUUCAGAGGCUCCCGGCAAUCCGAGCUGUAGUGAGUUCAAUUCUCGCGUGGAAUACGGCGAAAACUAAAAAAGGUCAGAACGUAACUUGCUGCGCUGUGAAUUAGUGGUGCCUGUGAGUGCGUCUAUUGAUAGUCAAGUUGUUUGAAGCGUCGGUUCGCAUUCAGUGGGUUACGCCGAGGUUGAUUGUGCGUCUGAAAAGGUCUUAAGGUCUGCGGCUGCGUCUGAGUCUGAGUUCAGAUGCUGAAAUUUCCACACGAGGUUACGGCAGGGCGUGAGAACCUGUGUGCCUCCCGCCACCCCCCUCGGGGUUAAGCCCUAAAGUGUGCUGUUGAUCUUCUAUGAUCUUGAUUCUCCACAAACCUCUCUCAACCGAGGUUGGCGUAACAACAGAGAGUGAUAGUUGUGCUUGCUGUUGAAGUUGUUGCUGAUGGUGAAGUUGAAGUUGGGAUUAGCAAAUCAGCGCGCCAGAAGCAUAGGUGAAGUUGAUGAAGAAUUGACGUCGUCGUCGUCGUCGCCGACGUCAAAAGUGUAAUGUGAUACCGCAAGAUGAGUGAGAUUGAUUGAUUUAAAAUUCGUUGAGAAGAAACAGGUAGUGCGAAACAAGGGCACCGAAGAGUUCUUGGUGAAAAGUGGAACAAGUUUUUAAUUUGUGGAAAAAUACUACAGGAAUAAAAAUUGUGAAGUCCAACGCAGCAGUAUUUUGAAAAGAAUCAAAAUUAAACUGUUUUGUUGAAAGACAAGGUUCCCAGAGGUUGCUGAAUUCUCCGACUUUCCAAUGAACGAAGAAGAUCGUGACGUUUCAAAAGUGGUCAACAAGGAAGAACUAGAGUGUGUGCAAACCUAAGAAGAUUCAGUGAAUUCGAAAAAAUAGUCAAUCAAAGUGUAAAAAAAGCAAGAAAAUGUAUCCACCAACAGUUGUAGUGUUGGCGUUAGCGUUAGUGAGUUGUGGUUCGCGGCAAGCGCUCUCGCUGGAGACGCUUCUCCGGCUAGAGCAGCUCGAUGGGGAUGGUGAAGGUGGUGGCCUCGGUGACCUGGGCAGUAGUUCUACCUUCGAGGAUACCGCGUACGAUACGGACAGCGAAGACAACGCAUCAAGCAGCUAUCCCCAGCAACCUCCAGCCGGUCCUCUAGACGGAGUAUUCUACCGGGUAACGCCAGCUUCCGACCAGGAGAGUCAGGAGCGAACCCUGCUCGCAAGCCCAACAAGCAGUACCACCGGUAACAGCAUCCUCCCAGAAGAAGAAGACGCCAGCGUCGAGGAUCAACAGCAGGUCACCGACAAGAUCGCCGGACUUGCCCAGCCCUUCAUCGGCGGCACCAGCGAGGACGAUCUGCACGACACCGCAAGCCGGAGUCGCAGCCUAGAUCACGAACCCUCCCCAAUCGACACCCUCCAAUCCCCCUCCACAGUCCUCGAGACCAGCCUCUCCACCAACUACCUAUACACCUCCUCGGGAAGUUCCAGCUUCUUCAACGACACCUACCACCACUCCACAACCUCGGACACCGCUUCCUCCGAACUCGACGCUUCCUCGCUUGACGUCAGCAGUUCCGAGGACCAGUCCACCACCACCAACCUCCCCUCUCUCUCGCUCGGACCCGAUGACGUCACCGCUCCAAAGCCCACCAAACCGCACUUCGACGAGAGCAAAAUCUCCAAGGCGGAACUCCUCUCGCUGCUGAUCGCCGACAAGAACCUCCGGCUGCCGAUCGCCUUCCUCGUCGACACCUGCAACGACUCGCUCAGCUACUCCAAGAAGGUGUUUGACGCGGCGCUCGUGCCCCGAUCACCGCUCGAGGUGAUCCUGAUGCGGUACAACGCGACCGGCAUAGCGAAAUCGACGAGCUUCCGCAACACCAAGUCCCUGAUGGACUCGAUCAACGCACUGCAGCCCUCGUACGACGGCAGUGGCCGGGCCUACUACGGCAUCCUGCGAACGUCCCAGGAAAUUCCGUACGACAGUGCCAUCUUCCUGGCCACUUCGAACCCCGCCACCGACAAGGAACUAGCCAAAAUGGCCGCGUUGACGCUGCUCAAGAAGCGAAUUCGGCUUUACGUGAUCUGGUUCGGCGACGAGGUCGACAUGAACCUGUCCGAUCAGCACCUGGACAGUCAGACGGGACUGCACGAGCUGGCGUUCAAAACCGGUGGCCGCGUGAUCCGUUUCGAGAUUGAUCGCAACUUUGGCAACAACCCGGUGCUGACCACCCUCGUUUCGGAGAGUGAACUGCGCGGCGACACCAGCAUCCCGAUUCCGGUCCCGGAGGACGUCAACAGUUUGUACUUUAAACUGCACGGCGCCCUGGACGCGGCCACCCUGCGGACACCCAACGGUUUCCUGAUCGAUCUGCUCCACAACACCGUCUCCGAAGAGCACCAUCCUGCCAACGACCCACCAUCUUCCCUGCCCAUCCCGACGCCCAAGAUCAUAGCAAGCAAUCACACGAAGCAAACCUACGGCCAGCACCGCUCGAGGGCACUUCUUCCCCACGGCCUCGAACGCGAGCAGGACUAUCUGUUCGUGGUGAGCCGCGUUGAUAACCAUGGCCACGAAGGGGGCACGUACUAUCUGAACGUGUCGGGCGCCAACGAAGCCGUCGUCGGUCCAAAGUCCAACGACUCGUACGGGGUGACCGUCAAGGCCGACUUCAGGACGCGCCACGGGUUCGAACUGCUGGAGCUGGGUGACCCCGCGCUCGAACGCCACUACGACGAACGAAACGGCGGCGGCAACGGGCUGCUCGAUCCGAAAAUCGCGGGUCGCAGCCAACGGCAGACUCUGCUGCCCCAGGAUGGCGGGACGGAGGAGAGCGGAACGUUGGGACGGGCCACCCUCCAGGCGAUUACCAAGGUGGACCUGGGUACGAACUCCCAGCUGAACGGGCCACGAGGCUCGACGCUUCAGCUGAUUUUCGAAGUGACCAACUUUCGGCAGACGCCGAUGCAGUACUUCUUCCGGGUCAACGACGAGUUGAGUUACUUGCGGGCGCUGAACCCGGGAUCAGCAACUAUCGCUCCGGACCAAACCGUCAACGUCGUGGUGACUUUGGUCAUCAACCCGAAUGCCGAGGUCGGAGCGCGGGACAAAGUGACCUUCUCGACGGAGGGCGUGGAUCGUGUUUCGCAAGCGGCCUUCGUGACCGUUACCGAUUCUACCGGACUGUCCGACUCGUACCAGCCGAGCCUGUGGUACACGUACUCGAGCCGUUGCGAGGGACGUUCCUCCCCGGGAACAUGCGCGGGGGCUUUCUGGACGGUCGAGAUAACCGCUCGGGACUACGAAACCGGACUGCUGCGGAUUUCGUCCUCCCCGCGGGGAAUCGUCUACAAAGCUCCGUUCACGGCGGGAACGCGUGACGAUGUCAAGGCCACCUACACGGCGUCCUGCUGCCAGCCCAAGGUGACGAUCACGGCGACGGACGUAAGUCGGAACGCGCGCACCGUCAGCCUGGACGUGACGGACAUUUGGUUGAACGAGGCCGGCAUUGCGGCUGUCGUGCUGGGGGUGUUGCUGCUGAUCGCGUUAAUCGUGCUGCUGGUAAUUUUGAUUCGGUACUGUGUGCGGCGCCGGAAGAGGGCCCAGGAACUGCCGAUCUACCGGAGCGAUGCCCGGGGAACGCGGAGUACGCGAUAGUUUAAGUUAUUGUUUUAUGAUUUAUGGUGUCGGUCUAAGUCAUGAUGAAACUUGUCAGUAUUUAUGGAAAUAAGUUUAUAAAGAUUUCUUCAAAUUGUGCCAAAUGUUAGUGGUAUAAAUAAAUUGUUUAUAAGAGCAUUUCAAUAAAGUUAAACGA